AUGGUGGCUCCGCCGUCAACGGGAGGGAACGCUGCCGUGCAGCAUCCCCAGUCGAUAAGCCGUUCGUCCAUCCGGAUCGCGAACUCCAACCCCUCCUACGCUCCCAAUGUUCCUCUCAGUGCCCGAAGGGCUGCGCCCUUGGAUCUUUCCACCGUCGAACGCCGGGGCCAUCCGACUGCCGUUCGAGAGCCCGUCAAACGAGUCCGACCCCAUGGCCUGCCCGAGGCCCCGACCUUCCGUCCCACCGAGGAGGAGUUCAAGGACCCCAUGGAAUAUAUACGGAAGAUUGCACCUGAAGGAAAGAAGUAUGGAAUAUGCAAGAUCAUCCCUCCGGAUAGCUGGGAUCCCCCAUUUGCCAUUGAUACCGAGCGUUUCCAUUUUCGAACUCGAAGGCAAGAAUUGAACUCGGUGGAAGGAGGAACUCGAGCGAACCUGAACUACCUAGACCAGUUAACCAAAUUCCAUCGGCAACACGGCACAACAUUGGCGCGUUUUCCCAGUGUCGAUAAGCGGCCCCUCGACCUUUACAAGUUGAAAAAAGCGGUUGAGGUGCGAGGUGGGUUCGACCAGGUUUGUAAACUCAAGAAAUGGGCAGAAAUCGGCCGCGAUCUCGGCUAUAGCGGAAAGAUUAUGUCGUCGUUGUCGACUUCUCUUAAAAAUUCUUACCAGCGUUGGCUGCAACCUUAUGAAGACUAUCUUCUCGUCGCGAAACCAGGAGUGCAACAGCAGUUAGAGAUUGAGCACGGCGGUCCCUUCACACCGUCUCCAAAACCAUCUCCUACGAAGAAAAACUCUUUGACCACGAAUGGAACUACAGGCGUAACGAAUAAUCAGUCACCCGCGGUUAAAGCAUCUGUUGCCCUUAACUCUUCUCUCGAAAGUAAUGCUCCGGAAAAAGCAGAUACCCCUGAAGCUUUUCCGCAUCAGCCUAUAACUACUGGGUUCACUGCUGUCAACGCUCCUGCGAAUGGAAUCCCCAAAACGACGUCUUUCGUUGCUAUCAAUAAUGGACCCCCUGUCGUAAAGACGGAAACAGAUCAAAGGCUUGAAAGCUCAACGCUCCCAUCUAGCGCGGGACCAAAGAACUCGGAAUCCCGUCGCGCUUCUGGGGUCAACGGCCGUGACUCGCAAGCUCUAAAGCGCGCCCUCAGCAAUGAGAGCGGAGCAGCUAAUUCACAGGCAGAAAACGGAGACGGGGACGGUGCAAACGGACGACGGAGCAAGCGCAUCAAGAGAGAUGCCCCUCCAGUUGUUUCGGGAUCGAACAUGAGUUUAUUGCGGCCCACUCCUUCCCAAUCCCGUGGCAAACGCGGAAACAGGAAAACAGGAGAUAAAUGUGAAAGUUGCGGGAGGGAGCAACGACCGGCCCCUCGAUUCUCGUUCCCCAACUAUGACUGGCAUUGCCCAAAGUGUCUUGUUGGAACUGGAGAGUAUGGCUUCGAGGAAGGUGGAAUAUACUCCUUGAGGCAAUUUCAAGAAAAAGCAGAUGCCUUCAAAAGGAACUAUUUUGCUGGAAAGAUGCCUUUUGAUCCCGUUAUCAAUGCUCAUCGCCGUGAAACCGAAGACGACAUCGAACGAGAAUUCUGGAGACUCGUCGAGAGCCUGACAGAAACGGUGGAAGUCGAGUAUGGUGCUGAUAUUCAUUCCACCACUCAUGGAAGCGGGUUUCCCACUGUUGAAAGGAACCCAUUGGACCCGUAUUCGGUGGAUCCUUGGAAUCUGAACGUGCUUCCACUGCAUGGCGAAUCGCUCUUCCGCCAUAUUAAGUCUGAUGUGUCAGGAAUGACUGUGCCAUGGGUAUAUGUUGGGAUGUGUUUUUCGACGUUUUGCUGGCACAAUGAGGAUCAUUAUUCAUAUUCGGCUAACUACCAGCAUUUCGGAGCUACCAAGACCUGGUACGGGAUCCCCGGCGCAGACGCGGAGGCAUUUGAGGCAGCCAUGCGCCAAGCUGUACCGGAAUUAUUUGAAACCCAACCCGAUCUCCUAUUCCAGCUCGUUACGCUUCUUCCUCCAGACCAGCUGAGGAAAGCUGGUGUCAAUGUGUAUGGGCUUGACCAACGUGCUGGCCAAUUCGUAAUCACUUUCCCUCAGGCGUACCAUGCUGGCUUUAACCACGGGUUCAAUUUCAACGAGGCGGUUAACUUUGCUCCCGCUGACUGGGAACCUCUUGGACAGGCUGGAGUAGCCCGCCUUCAGGAAUUCAGGCGCCAGCCUUGCUUUUCACAUGAUGAGUUAUUGCUUACUGCUGCAGCCAGGGACACCUCGAUUAAAACGGCGAAAUGGCUCGGCCCCGCGCUGCGGCGAAUGUGUAAUCGAGAGCUUGAACAACGUGCCAGAUUGCUCGCACGUCAACGAGAGUUGCAUCAACGAAAUGGGGCGCAAGAAUCCGAUGGAAACAAAUCUGAAAGCCCGGAGGAUUUUACAAUUGUGGUCGAGGAUGAUGAUCUUCCCGAAGAAGAGUAUCAAUGCACUUACUGCAAAGUGUACAGCUACUUGACCCAAUUCCGUUGCCACAAAACGGGCAAAGUUCUAUGCUUGUUACAUGCGGAAAGCUAUUCGUGCUGUGACAAGGACGUAUCGGAGCGCCUGCAUGGCCCAAACCAUAGUCUGCGUUAUCGAAUGUCCAACGAUGAUAUUCAAACUUUCACGCAGAAAGUCGAAGACCGCGCGCGGAUUCCAGAGGCCUGGGCAGAAAAACUCGAGAACAUUCUGGAAAAUGAACCGAAGCCUUCGUUAAAAGCGAUGCACUCGUUACUUUCCGAAGGUGAGAAGAUCCCUUACCAUCUCCCCGGUCUACAAGACCUGGCCGCAUUUGUGCAGCGUUGCGACAAAUGGGUAGAGGAAGCAAAUAAUUACAUUACUCGAAAGCAGCAAAAUCGCCGCAAGAAUGAAAAGCUUUGGCGCAAAGGCAACGCUGCCAAAGCUGCGCAACUUGAAGAGCGCGACCGUGAACUACGCAAUAUAGAUAAGAUACAUGCCCUGCUCGCCGAAGCAGAGGAACUCUCGUUCGACUGCCCACAAAUUGUCACUUUGCGCGAGAAGAUUGCAGAGAUACAGAAGUUCCAGAGCGAUGCGCAAGCAAUCCUCUGUAAUCCGCACGUCACUUCGACGCAGGAAGUCGAGGAACUUGUGGAGCUUGGGAAAAAUUUCAAUGUGGAUGUGCCUGAAGUUGACAAGUUAGAACGCGUCGUAAGACAAAUGAAAUGGAACGACGAGGCUCGUCGCAGACGUGACCAGUACCAAUCUCUAGACGAUUGCCGGGAAUUCGUCAAGCAAGGUGAAGAACUGGGGCUAGCAGAAACUAAUGAACAUCUCGUUCACUUCCGUGAUUUAUGUCGACAGGGUGAAACCUGGGAAGCAAAAGCGAAGGAGCUCAUGUCUGUUGAAGCUGUGCAUUACCAGCAACUCGAGGCGCUCUCUGCACAGGCCGCCAGGUUCCCCGUCAACCCCGAAACACUGGCUGCGGUAGAAGCGAUUUUGACGAAACAACGUGAGGCUCAAAAACAGAUUUCCAGCCUUUAUGAAAGAAGCAAGAGUUCGGAUUUCCGAAUGCGUCCGCAUUACAAAGAUGUUCGCGAAUUGAUGGAGUCACUGUCACAAUUAAACAGCAAACCCACCGGCACCAUUGACUUGGAACGGGAACAAAAGCGCCAUGAAGAUUGGAUGAGGAGAGGUAAAAAGCUGUUUGGGAAGGCAAACGCCCCGCUUCACAUUCUCAAGGUGCAUAUGCAGUAUGUUGAGAAGAAAAAUUCAUUCUGCUUUGACCUAGAAGAUCGAUGUCGCCCUCCAGUGGAGCCAGCAUCUCGCGAAACGACGCCUGAAGGCGGAGAAUCCCAUUCGUGGGUUGGCACUCGCUCGAAGAAGAAGGACGUGUUUUGCAUCUGUAGGCAACAGGAGGCAGGGCUGAUGAUCGAAUGCGAAGUCUGCCAUGAAUGGUAUCACGGGAAAUGCCUCAAAAUCGCCCGUGGAAAGGUGAAGGAAUAUGACAGCUAUACAUGUCCGAUUUGCGAUUGGCGUGUUAAAAUCCCGCGUGACGCUGCGCGUCCUAAACUGGAAGACCUUAUAGAGUGGCAAUCUGAGAUAGCCGACCUUCCAUUUCAACCCGACGAAGAGCAGAUCUUGGAGUCAAUUGUCGAUAAAGCUUCCGCCUUCAGGGAUUUUAUACGCUCAUUUACGCAUUCUACAUGCACAACUGCUGAAGAAGUGCCGACGCAGAUUUUCUACCUCCGCAAAAUCGAAGGGGCCGAAGUUUUGCUUGCAUAUGAGACGAAUUAUUUCCGUCAAGAGAUUCAUAGAUGGGCCCCGGUGGCACCUGAGCCUCCGCCAAUCUUGGAGCAAUCCCUUUCAACUCGAAAACCCAGGCCUACGAAACAGCAGAAAUUAAUGGCGCAACUGGGGGUGGAUAAGCCUGAAGAUCUUCCACUGCAUCUUCGCACAAAAUAUCACACCUUCCCGCCGAAACGGAAAUCCACUGAGCCUCAUAGCGGAAGACCGGCUCCUUUACAGCCGGCCUCGAUCAAGCGCUCUGCGACUCCAACUGGCGAAAACCGGCCGGUCUCCGCUGCAAACGUGACGACUCCGAAUCUUCCCCCAAUUCCAGCGUCCCAACCUCCAUCAUUUUCGUCUUCCAACCCUUUCUCUCUUGCGGCUAAUGACGGUGGUCCGCCAUACAAUCCUGGGUCCGGGAAUUAUCUUCCUCAAGACGGCAAUUCCCACUCCCCUACCUUUGCCUCAACUUCUCCAACAACUCGUCACCCGGACCUUGAUCAAUCGCUUUUCAGCCCUCCAGAUUUCACCCGCAGCAACCCGUUACGGUCACAGUCGCCCCCAGGUCUUUCUAAAAACAAUAGGAGUGGCGGUGUAGACAUCGACCAUAACAACCCCUUUGGCAGCAGCCCCCGUCCAGACAUGGAUGAUUUAUUUGCCGAUCUGACGAACCAGGACGUCGAGCCGGUUGAAGAGAUUAGCCAUGCAAACGAGGCGCUGGAGGCACUCAAAACUGCUCAGAAUUGUUCGUCGAGGGAUCGCUCGAUGUCCGGAUCUGGGGAUGCGUUGGGCGACUCACAUCGGGAGAAUGGGCUCAUGGACGGCCUCGGCCAAAGUGGAAACGACACCACUAGUGCACUGGAAGAUGAGUUCCUCAGCUGA